AGCUAUGGAAGAAUCAUGGUUAGCAAGCAAGAAAACUGCAAACUCAGGAGAGAUUAUUCUGCUCUAAUACUAACAUGUAGAUAUCAAGUAGGAGCUCACACAAUUUUGCUCAUCCAGCCAUCGACUCCAGACUCAAAGACCUACUCGGACUACAACAGUAUCAAGGAGUGCAUGGAAGGUAUUUGUCGGAUCUUUGAAGAGCAUCUGAAGGCAAUACAUCCAAGUAGUCCAUCAAUAACGUAUGACAUCAGUGAGCUAUUUGAAUUCAUUGAUAAGAUGCAGGAUCUCUCAUGCCUGGUUCUGGACACGGAAACUAAAUGCCACUACGUACCAAAGAACAAGUUCUGGAUCAAGGAGAAGAUCUACGUCACUCUGAGCAAGGAAGCAGCCUAGUAGCACCACUCACUGUAGGACGGAUGAUGAUGCUGCCUUCUAUCUCUUUCUGUUUGUAAAUAUGUGCAUACAUGUACAGUUUUUUUAUAAGAUGAAGUAGCUUAAGAACAGACUAGCUGUGAUAGUGUAUUAUGAACGAGAUAUUUACAGAAGCGUUCCCAGAUGGAAGCGGUUAAUAACUAAAGGCCUUUUAGAUCUUGUUAUCAAGAAUGCGCUGUUUACAUCCAGGUAGUCGAAACUCUUUGUUUUGAUUUCAAUUAA